AUGUCGACCACACGAACGGUUUCCUCCCUCAGUCCUCAAUGGAACAGGAUUCAGCAAGACGCCAAGUUAGAUGUUCAAACUGCGUUACCGGACGACGACUCCAAGCAGGAAGCUGCUAAUGUCAUCGACAAAGCGCUUAGUCAAGAAGACGACUUCAAGGACAUCAAGAGGCUUGCGGACACGAUCCGAGACAUUAGAGCCGGCUUUAUGGAGGUUGCCGGAGACCUCGCUCGACGCAAUGUAAUCAGAAGCGAUCAAAAGCUCAGUCAGCUGAGCGAUGAAUGGCAGAAGUACAUACAGCGCUUUGAUGAAAUAGUCCAGAAUAGCCUUACGCAGGCAACUGAUGCUGUUGUCAUCUUGAAGAAUUUAUGCGCGGUAUUUAACAUUGUCAACGAAGGCGAUGGAGAAGAACUGCGUCAGGAGCUUGAGGAUCUCAUAGAGACGGUCAAGGAGAAGGAAACGAAGGCACUUUCUUUCAACACUGACUUCAGCGUCAUCGCCGACAAGGUACACAUAUUCUCGGAACGGCUUGAUGCUGCGUUAGGCCAUACGGAAGAGCGCACUGCGAACGUUCUUGAAAGGGAAAGGGCUCACUUGGAUGAACUUCGCAACAAACUUUCCGCUUUGAAUGAUCGGCUUCAUGCACUGGCUAUCGAGGUGGUUACAGCGGUCGCCGGAGGGGUUGGCGCGGCCGUGACAGCCAUUUUCACUCUCAGUCCAAGUGUUCUAAUUUCCGCUGUGGGUUCCAUUCUUUGGGCUGUACCCAAUUGCGUUUCAAUCUAUGAGGUACGAAAUGAGAGGGAGGCACUUCUGAAAGACAUUGCACUAUCAGAGCAGCAAAUUAAAGAAUUGGAUGGCCGCCAUCAUCUUCUUGAUACCGUCGAGAAUGUCUCCGUCAAGAUUAAAAUUAUCGCUAACAUUUGGCAGACGAUCCGCUUGGAUUUACAUGAUAUUCACGAGACAUUGGGGCCGAGUGUAAGGAAAGGAGCCCGUUUGAAUAAAUUCUUCAUGGGCAAGCUGAAGAAUGCACAGAAAGUCUAUAACCGCCUCCUGGGGCUUCUCCGAACGUUGAUUCGGGAAUUACACAGUGGACUUGUAUCUGUCGCUGUGACAGCUUUCAUCUAUCAUCUAUAUGCACUCCUGUUGUUCGGAAUUGUCUGGGAUCGGGCGAAUGAGCGAUAG